AAUGUUACGAUUAUUCAGUUGUGCAAAAUAAAAUGUAUCGUUGAUCCAACGUUAUUUUGAAAAACAUUUUAACUUCAACUAAGUUUUAAGAACGGCCAUCUAAUGAUUUGGACGUCUGCAUUGUGGUUUAUGUUUGCUGUUUUGGCAUUUUCAACGUCUGCCAAUGUUUCGGAUGAGUGGCCAUAUACUAUUAAAGAUCAUGCAGGUCAAAAGUAUCAGUCACCCGUGGAUAUAAAUACAACAUAUGCAGUCGCGAGAGAUUUGUCAAUUUUACAUUAUUCUGGUUAUUGGAAAUUUAACAGGUCAAGAGUGGAAAUUUCUAAUAAUGGACAUACAGUUUACGUUAAAAUUGCCAAUAAUUCCGAUAAAGUGCCAUAUAUCACCGGGGGCCCAUUAUUUGAUAAUAUGUAUGAGUUCGAACAGAUGCAUUUUCAUUGGGGUAACGAUGAUAAUGGAAGUGAACACAAAGUCAAUGGACACAAAUAUGCUAUGGAAGUUCAUAUUGUACAUUAUAAAAAAGAGUACGGAAAUUUUCAAAACGCUUUAAGUUACAGUGAUGGUGUUUGUGUCGUCGGAUUUUUUGGAGAGGUAUCACCAAACGACAAUCGAGAUAUGGAUAAUUUUAUUGCAGAUUUAAAAUAUUUAGUUCAACCAAAUUCGAAGAUAAUUAGAAGUUUCAAAGACGAGUUUUCUUGGAUAAAGAAAACAGCUUUAAAACAACAUUACUACGCUUAUCACGGAUCUCUAACAACUACACCAUUUUCAGAAUGUGUAAUCUGGAUUAUUUUUACCAAACCCAUCAAAAUAUCUAGGGAACAGUUGAUGGCAUUCAGAAAAUUACAUUCAAGUCAUCAUGGAGUAUUAAUAAAUGAAAAUGACAGAGAUCUUCAACCAUUUAAUAAUAGAACAAUCAUUUAUGGAUAUUAAAUG